UAAACUGGGAAAUCAAUCUCAGAAAAGACCUUGUAGGACACCAUAUCAGUUGUUCCUUCCAUUAACUUUGCAAUCUGAUAGGAAAAACAGCUUUCGUUUGUUCAUUAGCCUAGUUUUACUGACGAUUUGUCAGUUACUCACAAUUCAGUAUUUUAUUCGUAGCCUAUUCAAGAAUCUGAUGCUGUGCUAGAGUUUGCAGGACUAUUCAAAUAUUGGAAUCCACGGCAUACUUUAUGCUUUGAGACUGGUCCAUUCUAGUCCACGGCUACAACGAUUGUUUUUACACGACGUAUUGACCCAGUCCCGAAAUAUGGAGAUGGAGAAGGACGCGAGACCAUCGUGGGAUAACCCAAUGCAAUUUGUCCUGGCUUGUGUGUCAUACGCAGUGGGACUUGGAAACGUCUGGCGCUUUCCAUACCUCUGUCAGAUGCACGGUGGAGGGGGCUUCAUGAUACCUUACUUGUUGAUGCUGAUACUGGAGGGCAUUCCUCUGUUUUACAUGGAGCUGGCUAUCGGACAGAAGAUGCGCCUCGGAAGCAUUGGAGCAUGGAGCGCCAUUAACCCUUAUCUGGGGGGUGUGGGUAUUGCAAGUGUUGUAACAUCGUUGUACUUGUGUCUCUACUACAAUGUCAUCAAUGCAUGGAGCUUCUGGUAUCUCUUUCAUUCAUUCCAGUCGGUGCUGCCGUGGGCUGAGUGUCCGGUGAACAGCAACCAGACAGGGUACAUAGAGGAGUGUGAGGUUGCCACGCCGACACAGUACUUCUUCUACCGGGAGACGCUAAACAUCUCUCCAUCCAUCGAUGACAAUGGCAGAGUACACAUGGGUCAGGCCCUCUGUCUGGUCCUGGCGUGGAUGAUCGUCUACCUCUUCAUUGUGCGGGGAGUGAAGUCCACAGGCAAAGUAGUCUACUUCACGGCCACGUUUCCCUACGUCGUCCUCAUCAUCUAUCUCAUUCGGGGAGUCACCCUGCAUGGAGCCAUGAAUGGUGUCAAGUAUAUGUUUACUCCUAAGCUGGAGCAGCUGGCUGACCCUCGGACGUGGAUAAACGCCGCCACUCAGAUCUUUUUCUCCUUGGGUCUGGGGUUCGGCUCGCUCAUCGCCUUUGCCAGCUACAACCACCACAACAACAACUUUGAGCGGCAGGCCAUUGUGGUGUCCCUGAUCAACAGCAGCACCUCCAUCUUUGCCAGCAUCGUUACCUUCUCCAUCUAUGGCUUCAAGGCCACCUUCAACUAUGAGAGCUGCCUGGAAAGGAUGAGGUUGCUGCUCCUGAACACCUUUGACAUGGCAGAGGACACCAUUACCCUGGACAAUGUUGACUACUGGAUCACAGAGCUGAACCGCACCCACCCAGACCAGUUUGCCAAUCUGGCUCCGAAGCUGGACACCUGUGAUCUGGUUGCCGAAUUAGACACUGCUGUUGAAGGCACAGGUCUGGCAUUCAUUGUGUACAGCGAGGCUAUUAAGAACAUGCCUGCGUCCCAGCUGUGGUCAGUGCUCUACUUCUCUAUGCUGCUGUUACUGGGCAUGGGCAGCAUGCUGGGCAACGUGACGGCCAUCAUCACCCCACUCCGUGACUUCAAAGUGCUGGCGCGCAACUUCAGCAAUGAGACCCUAAACGGCCUGGUGUGUGUGUUCUGCCUGCUGCUUGGCCUGGGCUUCACCACCCGCUCGGGGAACUACUGGUUCACCAUGUUCAACGAGUAUGGAGCCACAUUCUCCCUGCUCUUCAUUGUGCUCAUUGAGAUCAUCACUGUCAGCUAUGUCUACGGACUGAAAAGAUUUGAAAAGGAUAUUGAGGACAUGCUGGGACAUCGGCCCAACUGGUACUGGAAGAUCAUGUGGGCAGUCGUCAGUCCCGUUCUCCUCAUCAGUCUUUUCAUAUUCUACAUUGUUGACUACAUCCGUGGAGGCACACCAACAUACCAGGCCUGGGAUGCAGUCCUGGGUAAGUCAGUGGUGAUGGAAUAUCCCUGGUAUGGUCAGGCUUUUAUCGCCCUUCUGCUUGUUUCAUCUGUCUGCUGUGUGCCCAUCACAGCACUCUACGCAUUCUGCAAAAAGAAGCAGAAAGAAGCUAAAUCUGUGCCCCGCCAUGAACACACCGUCAGUACCGUCUCGGUAGUGUAGAGUGCCCAUCAUCUGCUUAAUCCCCCCCCUCACACACACACCCGACCGUCUGAACCCACCAGGUGUCAUUAAGACCCUCUUUGUCUGGGGUAGCAACAGAUAGCAUUCCAUUACACAUGCACACGCUUGCAGUCACUCACCCAUUUCAUGUGGGCAUUUUCCUGUUUCAGUUUUUAGUUGGGAGUGGGGUUGUAGCCUCCUAUGAUGGCUUCUUUUUGCUUACAAAAUCUUUAGAUUUUCAACAGUGUAUACAGUGUCAAUUGAAAUCGAAGAACCAUAUAUUCAAUCUCAGCAUUAAUUGUAGGCUUCAACACACAAUUUUGUAUGCAUAUAUGCCAAAUGAAUUGAACAGUUUCUACAUCUUUGUGUAAGGUGUUUAGCCUUCAAAAGAGGCUUAGAGGUUGCAUAUUAGAGGGAUAACUAUAGGAACAAUGGAUAUAAUUACUUUCUGUGCCAGGAAACACACUAUAGAAAUGGACAUCAGAUUUUAUACUGACCAUUGAUUGCCAAAUUUGAUCAAGAAAUACUGUGAAUGUACAUUUUUAAUGUGAACAGCAUACCUGAAAAUGUUGGUAGUGUUAAAAUGUAAAAUAUUUGUACAUAGAUUUUUACUUUUGCAAAUUGUGGGAUGUAGCUUGCCAAAUUAUGUGAUAGUUAGAAUUUGUAUAGUUUUAUAUCUAGGUUUUACUUAUUGGAAUGAAACCAUGAACAAUGUGAAGUAACACUACUUUGGAAUAUAUGUUAACUUGUCUGCUAAGUGUAGUCAGCAAACCAGAAUUGUUUUUCAAGAUGCUAAACCUGGUUACUUGCACUGACCAAGGGCCAAAGAUAUAACAUGCAGGGAAAGUGUAUUACAGAUGAUCUGGUGACCAUAUUGAUAACAAGAAAAGUGCUUACAGACCUUCCCAUCAUGUAAGGACAAAAAGGCUGUGAAACGCUAUCCCUUAGAAGACACAUAAUCAUGAAUCUGGGCCCUUUGGUUAAAAAAAAAGAAAAAAAAGCUAGCUAGAUAUCCCAAGUCUAUCUGUGCGAAACUGAUUCACAUCUGAGUUAUUUUUGCUUCAGUGAAAGUUCUGGAAGUCUCUACAGCCUCCUGAACUAUAUAACCUGGAAAUCCUGUAAAGCCCUAUGGGUCAGAGGCGUUAAUACUACUAAACUUUGCCAAGGGUUGGAUUAAGGAAAAAAAAAAAACUUGGCAGUAUGCAACUGGGUAAACUGUUACGAUAGAGGAUCGUAUUAAAGUUUGUGGAUCAAAUAGUUAACAUAAGAUGGAAUAUCUGUGCCCAGUUUGUACAACCAAAGUACCAAAUUGGUAAUGACAUUUUAGAUGGAUUCUGUCAGCAGCCUUGUUUUAAAAGAGCUGCAUUUGAAGGCAAUCUCCUAGCUUAAAUGUAUAUGAGUAGAUGUGUAUAUUUGUAGUAUCUGUAUGGAAUUAAAGGCUUUCAGUAGAAAUUA